AAGUUUUUGUUUAAUUAAUGUUGGGAAAAAACAAUACGAGUAAUUAAUUAACAAAAACGUAUCGUUCUUAUUUGGUAUUUAGAGCACUUUAGAUCUACUUUUCGUUUAUUUUGUCCCAUUUAUAAAAAAAAUCCACUGGUGGAGCUAACGCUCGCGUCUUCUUCCUUUUGACGUUAAUCGGAGUUAAACUCGUUCCGAUUCACUGAGUCGACUCGGAGUAGGAGUGUGCCUUGGUGGAUUCGCUACCGGUGAUGUGUGUUCUCUUAGCGAGAAUUGCUCUACAUUGGACUGAAAGAGUGUUGAAAAUGGCUGGUUCCCAGCGAGAAUGCCCGGAGCUCCGGUAAGGAAUACGGCGAUCGAUAAUCGGCGGUGGAGAUGUUUAAGUCAGCGAGAUGGCGGAGCGAGAAGAACAAGAUCAAAAUCGUUUUCAAGUUGCAGUUUCAUGCGACUCAGGUGACUCAAUUGAAGGCAGAGGGAUUAACGAUCUCUGUUGUUCCCGGAGAUGUUGGAAAGUCGACGGGAAAGCCAGAGAAGGCUAUGGUUCUCGACGGUCACUGCCGGUGGGAAUCUCCGGUUUACGAGACGGUUAAGUUUCUUCAGGAUGUGAAGACCGGGAAGGUUAACCAGAGAAUCUAUCAUCUAAUUGUUUCAACAACGGGAUCUACAAAGUCUGGUCUGGUGGGAGACACUUCGAUUGACUUUGCUGAUUACGUUGAUGCAAUUAAGACUUGCAACGUUUCUCUUCCUCUGCAGAAUUCAAAUUCAAAAGCAAUGUUGCACGUAUCAAUACAAAGGCAGGUAGAAAAUGCAGAUCUGCAAAGAUUGGUGAAAGAAAGCGAUAGCUUAGUUAAAAGGUCACGAAGCCAAGAUUUGAAAUCACAGUUGAGCAUUGAAACAGAUGAAACCCAUAAAAAUGAUUCACAAGAGGAAAGCCCAUUCGGUAAAGCUUCCCGGAUUGCUGAACUGAGGCGUAGAGCAUCGAUUGAAUCCGACAGUACGCUUUCAAGCUUUGACAGUGUCUCUGAACUUGAUACACUGGGAGAAGUUGGAAGCAGAGGAGGAGAUCUAAAUCAUCAAAACAACCCAACUAUGCAUACAAGUGUUUUUGAAGAGCCUCAUAUAUCAGAAUCUGAGUGGUCAGGAAGUUCUGAUCAAGGAAUCAGCACUGAUGACUCCAUGAACAGUUCGAGUGAUACCGUCCCGAGAGAAACCACAAGGACUUCGUCUGAAGACGAGGUAGAGAAGCUGAAAGCCGAGCUCGUUGCUUUGGCAAGACGAGCAGAUCUUUCGGAACUUGAGCUGCAGAGCCUGCGGAAACAAAUUGUUAAAGAGACCAAAAGAAGUCAGGAUCUCCUGAGGGAAGUGACUAGCCUGAAGCAGGAGAGAGACUCACUGAAGUCAGAUUGCGAGAAGGUUAAAGCAUCUGAUAAACGGAAAGAAGACGCAAAGAUUAGGAACAAGUUGCAGUUUGAAGAUAGGGACCCGCAAGUUCUUUUAGAAGAAACUCGAGAAGAACUUGAUAAUGAGAAGGAUUUGAAUUCCAAUCUACGGAUACAGCUUGAGAAGACACAAGAAUCAAACACAGAGUUGAUCCUUGCUGUUCAAGAUCUAGAAGCAAUGUUGGGGAGAAGAAGAGAAGUCGAUCUUCCUAGACCAAGAACCUGCGAGAAGAACAUUGAAGAAUCAAGGAGAAGGUCCUGCACAAGUGACACAGAUGAAGAUGAGGAUCAAAAGGCACUAGACGAGCUUGUGAAGGGACACAUGGAUGCAAAAGAAGCACACAUCCUGGAGCGAAGGAUCACUGACCUCUACAAUGAGAUAGAGAUCUAUAAACGAGACAAGGACGAUCUUGAGAUACAGGUGGAGCAGCUUGCUUUGGAUUACGAGAUACUAAAGCAAGAAAAUCACGAUAUCUCGUACAAGCUAGAGCAAAGCCAAGUGCAAGAACAGUUGAAGAUGCAGUACGAGUGUUCAUCUUCUCUUGUAAACGUGAACGAGCUUGAAAACCAAAUAGAGAGCCUGGAAGCUAAGCUCAAGAAGCAGUCCGAAGAUUUCUCUGAGUCUUUGUGCCGCGUUAAAGAACUUGAAACACAGAUCGAUGGCAUGGAAGAAGAAAUAGAGAAACAAGCUCAGAUCUUCGAGGCAGAUAUCGAAGCUGUCACGCGUGCUAAAGUGGAGCAAGAGCAAAGAGCUAUCGAAGCCGAAGAAGCCCUGAGGAAGUCGAGGUGGAGAAAUGCUUGUGUAGCUGGCAAAAUCCAGGAUGAGUUCAAGAGAAUCUCUGAGCAGAUGUCUUUUACGUUUGCAGCAAAUGAGAAGAUGACUAAGAAAGCAAUGACAGAAACCAACGACCUGCGAAUGCAGAAGCGCCAGCUAGAAGAACUUCUCAUGAACGCUAACGAUGAACUCCGAGCAAAUAAGGCAGAGUAUGAAGCAAAGCUCAACGAGCUCUCUGAACAGACAGAUCUAAAAUCAAAGGAGAUGGAGAGAAUGUUAGAAACUCUUGUAGAGAAAUCCAAGCUUCUAGAGAAUCAGAAGAGGCAAGAAGAAGAUGUUAAUGCUGGUCUAACACAAGAGAUCACAAGGCUGAAGGGUGAGAUUGAGAUCUUGAGACUUGAAUUGGAAGAAGUCGAAGCAUCUUUGCAAAUACGAAACACAGAGGAAAGAGGCAACAAAGAAAGAAUAAAACUGCUCGAGGAACAAAUUAAACUAAAGGAAAAUGCUUUAGAAGCCUCUUCAAAGAUGUUCAUCGGAAAGGAAAAGGAUUUGAAGAACCGAGUCAAAGAAUUGGAAACUAAACUCAACAGACGAAGUCCAAAUAGCCAAGAGAACGGUGAAUCACUUCAAGAUUUGGCAAAUGAAGUAGCGACACUAAGAGAGCAAAAUGGAUCGAUGGAGAUGGAGUUGAAAGAGAUGCAAGAGAGAUAUUCAGAGAUAAGUCUAAGAUUUGCAGAAGUUGAAGGUGAGAGACAACAACUUGUCAUGACUGUACGUAAUCUCAAGAAUUCCAAGAGGAGUUAAUAUACCAAUAUCCUCAGGACCAGAAACUACUACAAGAUUGUACAAAUUCCUCUCCUUUUUCUCGGGUUUUUACAUAUAUAUAUAGUUUUUAUUUUCCUUUUUAUAUAUUUUGUUCCGAGAGAAAGAAACGUGAGCUUUGAGUUUUGACUUCUUCUGUUUUGGGUGUAUUUAGUAGCUUAAGGUCUUUAUAUAUAAAAAAAAUUAAAGGCUGAUUGGUAAACAAAGGUUGUAAAAGUGCUUUGGGGGAUGUAAUAAAAAGGGGUUAAAAAAAAAUCCCACAGUAAAAUUUUCUCCAUUAGAUUUAGCUGCAUCUGCAUCUCUAGGAGUGUAUUCAACUUAACAUUUGAAAUGAUUCGGAAAGAUUUGAG